CGCCACGCAGGCCACGCCCCUCCGCCCGGAGCCCGGGAAAAGCAGCGAGGAGGAGGAGGAGGAAGAGGAGGCGGCAGCAGCAGCAGAAGGUGCGGAGCCCUUGCUCCGAGAGAGGAUGGUGCAGGUGGCCCUGGCUGGCUCCCGGGCGGCGGCGGAGGAGUGGCUGCUGGUGGAGCUGCAGGGGGAGCUGGAGGCCCGGAGCGGCGCUGGCCUGGAAGGGAAGCUCCUGGGGGACCUCCACUACACCCGAGAGGGGGUGCCUGUGCUCCUGGUGGGGCACCACAUCCUCUACGGGAAGGUGGUCCGGCUGGAGAAGCCCUUUGCCGUCCUGACCAAGGCAGCCCCGGGCGCAGCGUCCGGCCACUACGCCGUCAGGGCCCUCAUCAAGAAGAAGCUCCUCUUCAAAACCCGGCCAAAGCCCAUCAUUACCAAUGUGGCCAAGAAAGCCUGAAGGAGGACAUUUGGGCCAAGGCUGGCUCCCUUCCCUGAACAAAAGUGGCCAGAGCAGGCCUCCUCAGGGUGGCAUCUAGCAACUGAGGAAGGAGAAGAACGGACGCUGUUAUUUGCCUUGGGUUACACAGCUGGGACCUAUGGCUACUUAUGGCCACAGAGCCCAGUCUGCCACCUGCCAGCGUCUUGCUCCGGGUUUAUGGCUGGCAGCAGAGCAUCUCUGCAAGAGCCCUCCUUGCUCCUCCUCAAAAUCCCAACGUUGCUGGAAGGAGAGAGCAAAGGGAGGGGACCUGGCACCCCUAAAUGUUAGCCUGGUUUCCACCCCACGGCUCUUCUCAAACUUUGGCCUAGAUGAGGUUGUCGUAGUGCAGCCUACCAAUAUUUUUGGGGAGCAAAACACCCUCAACACCCGGCCACUCCUUUGCUCCUCCAGCCACAGAGUCUCAAAACAACCCUCUUCCUCCACAGGCCACAAUAAACCCCCAAAUGAUGAGGCACCAGCACUCUUUGGCAAAGAGGGCUAAAGACAUUGUACUGCAUCAUUCCUAUGUUAUGACUUACUGUUUCAUUGCACUCACUGGGUGAUGCUGGUAGGACUGAAGCAGCUCCAAAUAACGCCCACAGCCACCUUGUUUACAAGGGUUUUUAUUAAUCAUAACAAAGGCCUCGUAGUAAAAAACAAACCAACCCAAAACCUUGACCUUUCCUUAAAAAAAUACAAAAACGCAAGUUCAUAAAAAAUAAAUAAAUCCUUACAAAUAACUUCAA